UGGUUCUCCACCCAUCUCUCAGUCUAUCACGGAUCGAUUGAAGCCGAGGACGAAGCAAUUCUGCUCAGCUAUCUCGCAACAUGACAGGCAUAGUUCACCAUGAAGUCUCGGCCCAGGGGUCGAACAACAUGCCAACAUCGGUAGUGCGGGACGGCGCCCCGGGAGCUCGCAGCAGCCGACAGCACUUGAACACGCCUGAGAGAAGGACUCCCCGACAGGUCGCCAGCAGUAUCCUCAGUUUUGGCAUGAUGCACCUCCUCGGCAUGACCGCCAACAUUAUCGGCCUGGUGACGAACAAGUCCUUCGAGAGCUACCUCGCCUUUCUCAUAUACUUGGCUGCAAGCCUGUUUCAUGGCAUCUUCGGCAUGCUUACGAUAUACUGGCUUGCGCAAUUAUCGCGGAGCAUGGCUGCAAAAGUACAUGCCGGCCUCGUGGGUGCGUCGGUAUUUCUCGUUGUAGCUCUGGUAGUUGGGGUGAAUCUCAGGUUCCCAUUGGUCUGGUUCUGUUUCCCAUUCGUCUGGUUCUUUCCCCCGUUCUGGGCGUGCUUCGUCCUCGAAGUCUGGCUUGGAUUAGGAACAAGAGCUAAAGACAUGCUCGUAGACAUAAUACUAAAGACGGCAGGGUUGAGCGGAACGGUAAUAGGUACCGACGGGCGGGGGACCUACGUUGGUUUGGCUGAUGGGAGCGAAGAUGAUGUUCGGCUCCAGCAAUAUGACCGGGAUACCAUCUCUGUGGCUAGCACGACAGACUCACCUUGGUAGCAGACCGCGCCUUGGAUCAGAUCACAACGCUGCCUGCGAAGCCGUGUGAUCACUGAUACGGUACGGCCACAUCCAGCAUCGGACAAGGUCCGCA